CUAUAUUUAUGUAUAUCUCGGAGUACAGGCCAAAUCCCGAAUAUUCCAGAAGUGUCAAUUUCUAACCUCUAUAAUAAGUUAGUUUAAAAGUGUAUUUGGAUAUUGUAUGUUGAAAGUAAGCGAUAUGGAUAAAGUAGAUGAACUUAAAAAAGAUAUAGCGGAAUUAGAGAGUUUUCAAAACCAAGCCACUAGGCAAAAAAACAAGGAUAUUCUUUCUAUCCAAAUAAGAAAAUUGAUAUCCGAUGUUGUGAAUCUCGAAGAAAAAUUGAAGGGUGAAAACUCGUAUGUGCCGUCAACUACCCAAUCUGCAGUUUCAUCCAUCCGAAGAUAUGAAGUGAAAAUUAACAACUAUGCAUGGGAUCAAUCUGAAAAAUUUGUCAAAUUUUAUAUUACAUUGAAAAAUGUCCAGACAGCUCUAGCAGAAAACAUCUGUUGUGAAUUCACACCAAAAAAUAUAAAUUUGUCAAUAAAAGAUGUUGAUAACAAAGAUUAUAAGUGGGAGAUUAAAAACUUGCUCCAAGAAAUUGAUCCUGAAAAGAGCUCUUGGAAAAUAAAAACAGAUACUGUAUUAAUAAAUGCUGCUAAAAAGGUACCAAUGAAUUGGUCCCAUGUUACUGAAUGGGAAAAGAAAGCUAGUGAAAGUAAAGUUCCUAAAAUGGAUACAGAAAAAUUAGAUCCCACUGAAGGUCUCAUGUCAUUAAUGAAAAAUAUGUACGAAACAGGUGAUGAUGAGAUGAAAAGAACAAUUGCUAAAGCUUGGACAGAGAGUCAACAGAAAAACCAGUCGCCAAAUUUCUUAGGUUAAGGUUAAUACAAUUCGGUACCACAUGAAAUUAUAUGCUUUUGUCUAUAAUUGUGAGCAGAAUUGUCACAUUUUUUAUUAUUAAAGAUUUUGUUUUAAAAUGAAA